GGAACGCCAGAGAUAACCGGAGGAGAUAUCCGCUACCUCGGGCUCUUCUCGAGUACCGUCACCGCCUUCCCGGAAUAUGCCGCCGGUCUGAUUGCCCCCCCACGGGCCACCGCAGCGAUGGCUGCCCGCAUCGGCCUCGACCGGCGCCCCCUCUUCCCUCUCUCCCACCACUUCCCCUCCCCCUCCCCCUCCCCCUCCCCCAAAUCCCUCGCCCUCGCCCUCGCCCUCCCCCGCCCCGUUCCCCCCCUCCCCCUCCGCCUCCGCCUCCGCCUCCACCUCGUCCUCCGCCGCUCCCGCUGCCCACCAUUCCACUUAACCGCCGCCUUCGCCCCCUCAGCCGCCGCCGAUGGCCCCGCCGACCAAGAAGUCCACCUAAAGGAUGUGGAGUCGGCGGUGGUCAUCGAUCAGCAGCGGCAGAAUCAGGUGAGCCAGCUGAGGAAGAGGGUGACUUUUGGGCUGGGGAUCGGAUUGGGCGCCGGAGGCAUCGUCGUGGCUGGGGGAUGGCUGUUCACUGUGGCGGUGGCGGCCGCGGUGUUUGCCGGCGCCCGGGAGUACUUUGGGUUGGUCAGGAGUCGGGGGAUUGCCGCCGGGAUGACGCCGCCUCCCCGAUACCUGUCGAGGGUUUGCUUAGUUAUCUGUGCUCUCAUGCCCAUACUGACGCUGUAUUUUGGUCACAUGGAUGUGUCUGUAACUUCAUCAGCUUUUGUUGUUGCAAUGGCGUUGAUUUUACAGAGAGGAAAUCCCCGUUUCGCCCAACUAAGUAGUGCAGUGUUUGGGCUGUUCUACUGUGGCUAUCUUCCCUGUUUCUGGGUUAAACUUCGUUGUGGUUUGUCUGCUCCUGCGCUAAACACCAAAUUUGGAAAUUUCUGGCCAGUUCUUCUUGGUGGGCAAGCUCAUUGGACAGUUGGACUUGUUGCAACCUUGAUUUCUAUUAGCAGCAUUAUUGCGGCAGACACAUUUGCUUUUCUAGGUGGAAGGGCAUUUGGUCGUACACCACUUACUAAUAUAAGUCCAAAGAAGACUUUGGAAGGAGCAUUAGCUGGACUAAGUGGCUGUGUAAUCAUUGCAGUACUGCUAUCGAAGAUUUUAUGCUGGCCUACUUCCUUAAUAAGUGCUUCUGCUUUUGGAAUUCUGAACUUCAUGGGAUCUCUGUUUGGGGACCUUGUUGAGUCUAUGAUUAAACGUGAUGCUGGUGUUAAAGAUUCUGGAUCACUCAUACCUGGACAUGGAGGCAUACUGGAUAGAGUGGACAGCUAUGUGUUCACAGGUGCACUAUGUUACUCCUUUGUGAAGAUUGCCCUACCACUCUUUGGUGUUUGAUUUUCAUCAAAAUCAAUUUGUGGGGAGAGUUCAAACGUUCUGCUUGCCCUCUACUUGGAACCGGAACCUGAAUCUAACAAAUUGACAAAAUAGAAUAGAGGAAAAGAAGUCUGGGAUAUGUUGGUGGUGAUUGUGAAGAAAUCCUUCAAUUGGUGGUGUACUGUUUCUGAUUCUUUUGAAGGUGAAGGACAUGUCAAUACCUCAGGAAAUCUAGAUGAGGUAGUCGCGUCAUAGAAAUUCUUGGUAUCGAUCGGAAUCUGAUAUUUGUGCAACAAUGCUUUCCAACUUCACUGAUUAAAGUGUGAGGCCAGAGACAAUGUACAUAAUUUGGUAUUUGAAAUUUUUUCCCCUGAAAUUGUUAUACUUGAAGACUUUUUAAUGUAGUGAAGGCCAUCUGAUAAGAACAGCGAGUGUAGCAUCACGAGAGUUACUUUGUUCUAUCUGUAUACCUAUUCUUUUGACUUUGCAAUGAUAUAUUUUCAUCAAAAAAAGGACUUUGCAAUGAUA